AAAAUGACAAUAUGAAUCUAUUUCGUAUUUUGCAUGGAAUAAAUUAAAAAUAACUCAACUGCACCUCUUGCAUAUCCGAUUUCAACGAAAAUUCUAAUGUGCGUUUAGUGCCGGAGAAUGUCUGACUUGGUGUCCAAGUGUGUUCUGCGGCUGGAGGUUGACGCUAAUGUUGAAGGAGCUGAAUCAAUGGAUCGUGCUGAAACAACCACCCGAGGUCAACGCACACCGCAAGAAAUUAGUGUCGAGACGUUUCCCAGUAAGCUAGAAACACCUAGAGAAGACUGGGGACUAGUGCCAGUGCACAGCAGACAGGCAACAGUUUCAGAAAGUGAUGUUGUAACUGAAGAGCGAUGUGAGAUUGGUUUCUUUAGUGGCAAUCCAUUUGUUGAGAUCACAAAGGGAAUACUACAUCUGUAUAAGGAAGAUGUAUUGAGUAGCAAAGAUGAAGCAUUGACUUUGUGUUUAUUGGGAGUUCCAAACUCUAUGACCUGCCAUGAUCUACUGGGUUUUACAGCACCAUGCCACUCUGAGAUUUCGCACAUUCGCGUGUUGAGAGAUAAUCUCCCAAAUCAAUAUAUGGCAUUACUAACGUUCCGGACACAUUCAUCUGCUAGAGAAUUUUAUGAAACCUUCAAUGGCGCUCCAUUCAACAGUCUGGAACCGGAAAUUCUUUGCAGGGCUGUGUGGGUAUCACGAGUUGAGUGUGGACAUGACGAUAUUCCGCCUCAUGGACACACUGAAUUACCAAUUUGUCCUGUUUGUCUCGAGAGAAUGGAUGAGUCCGUCGACGGCGUAUUGACAAUCUUGUGCAAUCACACUUUUCACUCAAACUGUUUGGAGCAGUGGAGUGAUUCGACUUGUCCAGUGUGCAGAUGUGUGCAAAGCCCCGAGCAAGCGGAAGACAGCGAAUGUGAAAGGUGUGGUAAGUCCGCCCCAGCAGCGGACACUCUUUGGAUUUGCCUCAUCUGCGGCCAUGUUGGUUGUGGGCGUUACCAAGGCGGGCAUGCGGCGUCACACUAUCAUGAAACAGGUCAUUGUUAUGCGCUGCAACUGGGAUCUCAUCGUGUAUGGGAUUAUAAAGGCGAUAACUUCGUUCAUCGCUUGUUACAAAACAAAGCGGAUGGUAAAUUGGUCGCUAGCGAAGGACCAACACCUGAUUUGGAACAAGCGCAAGAGAAAGUCGAUUCGGUGCAGCUGGAGUUCACGUAUUUGUUAACAUCACAACUGGAGGAGCAACGCAUGUAUUUCGAGAAUAAAAUAUCACAACUUGAAUAUCGGAACGCUGAUGACACGGAAGCAUUAACUCUAAAGAUAGGCAACCUCACCGAAGAGAAUCAAGCACUGCGUGAUGAAGUAAAAACUUUAAAGAAGGAAAAAAGCGCAGUGGAGAAACGUCUCAAUCAACAAAUCAACAAGUUUAACUCAACAUUAAAAGAAUUAAACGUUGAGCGUCAAUUAGGUAAAGCCCUACGUGCUAACCAAGAGCAAUACCAUGACCGCAUGGUGAAACUGGAGAAAAAACUAGAGGAUUUGGAGGUUACACGCACAACACAAAUAAAGAGCUUGGAGGAGCAACUGCGCGACGUUAUGUUUUAUCUCGAGGCGCAAAAUACAAUUGAAAAAUCCGAUAUAAAAGAUGAGAUCGCCGAAGGUACGAUCACGAUCGGAGAUGCUCCACAGACAAGCAAAGGACGCCGCCGCAAGAAGAAGUAAGAAAGGAUGCUAACUCUUCGGCGAUCGUCACUGUUACUUACUUAACCGUUACAACACAAAACAUAUUUAUAACUAGGUCGUAUAAAAAUUGAAAAAAGAUUUAAAAUGCAA